AUGUCUAAGUUGAAUUUGGGUCCUGUCAAGGCGUUUAAUGUUAUGAAGACUUGUUUUGGUGGUUCUGAAGAUGUGGGUGCAAGCAAAGUUGAAUUUAAGAACUAUAAGAGAUACUCUAUGGUGUUUGUACCGUUCACUGGUAUAGACAAUCAUCACUGCAAUCCAAAAGUUGUUGUCACUGAUCAAGAUCCAGCGAUGAAGAAGGCUAUUUCUGCUGUAUUUGUUGACACGAGGCAUCGGUUAUGCAUGUGGCAUGUGAUGCAUAAACUUUCUCUGAAGGUUGGUGUUAGGCUAUGCAAUUCCACCAAUUUUAAAGAACGUAUCUGUGGUGUUGUGUGGACGGAUAUUCUCACACUUGAAGAGUUUGAAUUGGAAUGGGAAAUGGUUAUUGCAGAAUUCAAUUUAGAAGAUAAUGACUGGCUAUCUGAUAUUUUUGCACUUAGGGAAUCUUGGAUCCCUGCGUAUUAUAGAAUGGAGCCUAUGUCUGGUCUUUUGCGAACGACAUCCAGGUCGGAGACUGAGCUUAUUGGAGUUGCGGAUUGCAUAAAUCAACGUUACGAAGAUCAGCCUGGUGGGUUUGUUAAGUUUUAUGUAAAUGACUUCCAACAGCUUUUUUUUUUAGACAAGCAUUCUAUGCAUGGCGUUAUAGAGAUAUUGUUUUUGGCGUUUUUCAGGAAAUUUCCAAAACAAUACAUUCUGAAUAGAUGGCGCAAUGAGGCCUCCCCAAACUGCUCUCCUGAAUUCUCAAUUAGUCGUGAAUAUAUGACUGAGCUUGAUACUAAUGUGCAAAGUAUGAUGCGAGAUGUUAUUUAUUCAACCGAAUACACUUUGAACCGUUUAUCUGGUAAUAAAGAGGAGCUUUCCUUAUACAAGGAUGAUGUUCAAUCUUAUAUGAAAAAGGUUCAAGAUAUGCAGAUUGUUUCUCCUCCCGCAAGUUCUAGGGAUAGAUUUGCCGAGAUAACUGGUCAAUAUAAAAAUGACAAAAAUCCGAUAAGAGUCCCUGUAGGUUAUAAAUCCAAAGGUUCUGGUUCUCGGAAGUGCCUGAAAUCUAAACAGGAGAUAGCAGUUGACAAGAAGAGAUCAAAGUUGAAACCUGGGGCCAAAGAAAGACAGUGUCAGAACUGCAAAGCCUAUGGACACUACGCAUCUACAUUCAAAUAG